AUGGACGCCAAGAGACAUCCGAGCUCGUUCCAGCAGCUUGAGAAGCUGGGCGAGGGCACUUAUGCUACCGUCUUCAAAGGACGGAAUCGCCAGACGGGUGAACUCGUAGCCCUCAAGGAAAUCCACCUCGACUCCGAAGAGGGCACACCCUCGACCGCCAUCCGCGAGAUCUCUCUCAUGAAGGAGCUGAAGCACGAGAACAUCGUCGCCCUGCAUGAUGUCAUCCAUACCGAGAACAAGCUCAUGCUCGUCUUUGAGUACAUGGACGGUGACCUGAAGAAGUACAUGGACACGAACGGCGACCGGGGCGCUCUCAAACCCACCACCAUCAAGUCCUUCAUGUACCAACUCCUCAAGGGGAUCGACUUCUGCCACCAGAAUCGGGUAUUGCAUCGCGAUCUCAAGCCGCAGAACCUCCUGAUCAACGGGAAAGGCUCCCUCAAGUUGGGCGACUUUGGCCUGGCGCGGGCCUUCGGCAUCCCCGUCAAUACCUUCUCCAACGAAGUCGUCACCCUGUGGUACCGUGCUCCGGAUGUCUUGCUGGGUAGCCGGACCUACAACACCAGCAUUGACAUCUGGUCGGCCGGGUGCAUCAUGGCGGAAAUGUAUACCGGCCGGCCGCUGUUCCCGGGGACCACCAAUGAAGAUCAGAUCGUGCGCAUCUUCCGCAUCAUGGGCACCCCGACGGAACGAAGCUGGCCCGGCAUCACGCAGUUCCCCGAGUACAAGCCGAAUUUCCAGAUGUACGCCACCCAGGACCUGAGGGCCAUCCUGCCGCAGAUCGACCAGCUCGGCAUCGACCUGCUGCAACGUAUGCUCGUGCUCCGGCCCGAACACCGGGUCAGCGCCCAUGACGCAUUAGGCCAUCCGUGGUUCAACGACCUGGUCAUGUCACAUCAGAUGCAGCAGCAACAGGCGAUGCAGGCCCCCAGGGGCUACGCGCCUCAGGCCGUACCGUCGCAUGGCUCGUAUGAUCCUGGAUAUUAG